AUGUCCGCCAGCAAGAUGGAAAUCUACCUGGAAAAGGCGAAGCACCACCUCGGCUUCGUCAAGUCGCGCGUCUUCCGCCGCAUCGCCACCGUCUUCGUCGCCUUCUCCUGUGUCGUCGCCUUCAUCAUCGUCACGGCCCGUCUCACCAAUGUCGGCGAGGUCCUCCCCAAGGUCAUCGGCAGUUUCUUGCCCAAGAUCCCGACCUGCGCCAGCCGGAACGAGUCGGGCGUGCAAGAGAUCUGGAAGAAGGCCGAGGACAAGUACAAGCAUCUGAUGAAUGACAAGUUUACCAUUGCCAUGCAAACCUACCAGCGACCCAAGGAACUCAACGACACUCUGCACGCGAUCCUCAGCGAGGAGAUCCCGUCCCUUCUCGAAAUCGUCAUUGUCUGGAACGACCUCAAGGCCACGCCCCCCGACGGUUACACCUCCAAACAUGGCGUCCCCGUGCGAUUCCGCGUGUCCAAGCGCAACAGCCUCAACGAGAAGCUCUGGCCCGACCCCGACUACAAGACCCAGGCCAUCCUCCUCUCCGACGACGAUGUCUACUACCACCCCAAGGAUCUCGAGUUCGUCUUCCAGUCGUGGCGCAAGUUCGGUCAGCACCGUCUGACUGGCGCGCUCGCCCGCUGCUCCACCGUCGAUGCUUACGGUAACUGGGCUUACGACUUUUGCUCUUCCAAGGCAGAAGAAGACAUCUACUCCAUGGUCCUCACCAACCUGUGCUUCUCGCACAUCUCCUUCCUCGAGUACUACUCGGCCAACGAAACAACCAUGAACGAGAUCCGAGAUUACGUUGAUGAGGGAUUCAACUGCGAAGACAUUGCCCUCAACUAUGUCCAGUCGCUCCUGACCGGCGACGGCCCGCUGCUUGUCCAGGGCCGCGAAAAGUACGUCAACUUUGUGCCAUCUAAGGGCAUCAGCACCAAGAAGGGCCACUUGGCUGCCCGCAGCCGCUGCCUAAACGAUUUCGCCAAGAUCUUCGAGUGCAUGCCCUUGAUCGACGAGACCGCGCACAUCCAGAAGGGUGUGCUUGUAAUGUAA